AUGUCGAACCACGUCCUUCUGCUAGGUGGCAGCGGCAAGAUUGCGCAGCUGUUGACCCCAUUGCUGCUGCAGCGCUCGUGGACAGUCACUAGCAUUAUCCGCAACCCCGACCAGGUUGCGAACCUGCAAAAGCUCGGCGAGAACCAGAGCGGGAAGCUGAACGUGCUUGUCAGGAGUCUGGAGGAUGUCAAGAGUGAAUCACAUGCAAAGAGCCUCAUCGAUGAGGUGAAACCCAACUAUGUUGUUUGGAGCGCAGGAGCUGGAGGCAAAGGCGCUCCCGAAAGGACCGACCUUAUUGACCGGGAUGCCGCCACGUAUUUUAUCAAGGCCUCGGUAGCCACGCCAUCCGUCACAAAGUUUCUAAUGGUCUCGUUCACGGGAUCGCGGCUACGCAAGGCACCAUGGUACAGCGACGCCGACUGGACCGAGCAGAUCAAGGCGCACGAGAAGCUUCAGCGCUACUAUGAGGCCAAGAUCGCCGCCGAUGAGGUGCUAUACCGCGAGGGUAAGAAGCGCCCCGACUUUGCUGCCAUCAACCUGCGCCCCGGCCUCCUCACUGAGGCACCCGCCGGCAAAGUCGAGCUCGGCAAGCUCAAGAAGCCCAACGGCACGAGCAGCCGCGCUUCCGUCGCCGAGUUGGCCGCCCUAUUACUCGAGAACAAGGACGUCAAGAGCGGCUGGCUGGAUAUGCUGGACGGCGACGAGGACCCCCAGGCGGCUGUUGAGCGGGUCGCUAAGGAAGGCGUUGAUGCCGCCGAGGGCGAGCCUUUCUACUAA